AUGACUCUGACUAUCAAAUUCGGCAGAGAAAAGCUUGCAGUUGAGCUUUCCACCGCAACUCAGUCCCUCGCGGACCUCAGGAAGGCCAUUGCAGAGAAAACACAUCUGCCCCCCAAUUCUUUCAAGCUCAUCCAUGCAGGGGCCGUCAUGAAAGACGAUGCCGCAACCCUAUCCACCUACAAACUACACGACAAGUCGACAAUCGUCCUGAUUCCAUCUAGCCCUCCCCCUCAGCCAACAACCACUGCAAUUAAUGCAGAAUUGAGUCGAGUCAGGAACAAGCUGAAGCCAGAUGUCACGUCUUUCGUCCAAGGCAGCGCAGAAAAUGCCGCCAAAGAACACACACGACUCAGCGAACUCUUGCUGCAGUCUCUCCUGGCCCUUGAUGGCCUAGACACAGCGAAGAUGACAGACGAUGCGAGGUUGGAGCGCAAAGCAGCGGUCAAUGAGGUCCAGGACCUCUUGGACCAGUUGGAUGGCGCCUGGAGAGAACAAAAGCCCAAAGCAUAG